GGGGGGAGGCGCAUGCGCGUGAGCUCGCAUCGGGUCCUAUCUAGAAGUGUCUGAUCUGCCCCGGCUGGAGAGGAGUGGCGAGAGCAACCUGAUUACCCAUAUUUCUGUUCCUGUGUGCAGUAGAGUUUUGAUUCACCAUGGAUAAUCUGUCAUCAGAAGAAAUUCAGCUAAGGGCUCACCAGGUUACUGAUGAGUCAUUGGAAAGUACGAGGAGAAUCCUGGGUUUAGCCAUUGAGUCUCAGGAUGCGGGAAUCAAGACCAUCACUAUGCUGGAUGAACAAGGGGAACAACUAAAUCGCAUAGAAGAAGGCAUGGACCAAAUAAAUAAAGACAUGAGAGAGGCAGAGAAGACUUUAACAGAGCUCAACAAGUGCUGUGGCCUUUGUGUCUGCCCUUGUAAUAGGACGAAGAACUUUGAGUCAGGAAAGAACUAUAAGGCAACAUGGGGAGAUGGUGGAGACAACUCACCUAGCAAUGUAGUAUCUAAGCAACCAGGACGGGUGACAAAUGGUCAGCCUCAGCAAACCACAGGAGCAGCCAGCGGUGGAUACAUUAAACGUAUAACCAACGAUGCCAGAGAAGAUGAGAUGGAGGAGAACCUGACGCAAGUGGGCAGUAUCCUAGGCAAUCUAAAGAACAUGGCUCUGGACAUGGGCAAUGAAAUUGAUGCUCAGAACCAGCAAAUACAGAGGAUCACAGAAAAGGCUGAUACCAACAAGGAUCGGAUUGACAUUGCCAAUACAAGAGCAAAGAAACUCAUUGACAGCUAAAGCCACUGCUGUGCUUCUUUACCUGUUGCUCAGUUCUCUAGCUCCAUCUAAGUCAUUACCUGUUCAGAGUUUGAAAGCUUGUAAAGAAGGACCAGAGGAGGAGUGCCUCCCUACUUAUUGUCUAUCCUUUGGGGGUAUGUGCCUGCUCAGACUUCCUUACAGCCUUUCUCGCAGUUCACACUCUUAGGCUGCUUUCCGUACAUCACACAUAGUCUUUCAUCCUCUUCACUUAGCUUCUUUUGUAUUCAAGAUUUGGAAGCAUUGCCAAAGAUCCAUGAAGAAGGCAUCUGUAUAAGUAGCUUUUGUUGUUGGUUGGUUGCUUUGGUUCUGGUUUUGUGGUAAAGAGCAGAAGAAGGAACAAGAAGUGAAGUUGUUAACUCAUUAAAGAAACUAUAAGUCAAAAAACAAAACAGACUAACACCUCAGGUGGGAGCUUUUACUCAUGCAUUUUGUUUUACAUCACUAUAGUUUGCGGCUUCUGCUCCAAAGGAGAAUACAGUGGGCUUUCUUAAAGUGAGCCUCACUUCUGAAUAGUGAUUUAUGUAUGUACAUAGGUUCUAGGAUCCUGUUUCAUAUUGCACAUUCAGGAACAUUGUAUAAAUGAGUGCCUUUUAUCCUCAUGAGUCAUAUUGUGGUCCCAUUGUAGGGCUAUUAACCUUGUGAAGUUGUCAUAGUCUUUUAAAGAUGUGUGUGUGUGUGUGUGUGUGUGUGUGUGUGUGUGUGUGUGUGUGUGUGUGUGUGAAAUAUGAGACUUCCUCACUAAAGCAGGGCUUCAACAUUUUGGGGAAAGUUUGACAGUGUAUCAUGUGAAUUCAGAUUUACCUCAAAUACUAAGAAUUACGUUUAGAUAUGGAAAAGAAAACUUGUUUUAAUCUCAGGUAGAAAAAUAGAUUGUUUAGACAUUUAAAAAGUUAUAAUUUGUUACUAAAAGUUGUCUGGAAAAUUAUGCCUUUGAAUUAAUUAUUGAUGACUGCACUGCCACUCUCUGCCAUGUAUACAGAAUCAAGUUUAUGUCCAUCCUGAAGUGCUAGGAAGGCCGAGUUGGUAUUUAUCACCUUUGUUUAAAAUUAGCAACUGUACACUUCAGAGCUUCCAAAGUAGAUUGGUUUGACCAAUAACCAUUGCUUGAUUCUUACAAUUAAACUUUGUAACUAAUGGUAUUGUUCUUUCAAAUAGGUAACAUGUUUCUGACUUAUUUGUGGGGGCAAUCAUUUUAUCAGCUUUUGUUAACAAAUUGAAUAAAGCAAAUAUCCAUAAUCAAA